AUGAGAUUACCACUGGCCCUCUUGGGCAUCAAUGCCUACAAUAUCGGAAUUGCCUCUGCUGCUCCGCUAGAGAACCGGUCCAAGUCGAGGGCUUCAUCGCCAGCAGUAGACAUGUUCAAUACUGCAAUUGAAUGGAACGACAAGUAUUGGGACAACGAAGCCGGUUAUCUGAUCACAGCAAGUGAAGGAUCUGGACGCUACGAUAGUCGACACUCUGCUUGGUAUGCGCCUCAAUUGCUAGCCAGAAAUGGACCAGGCGAUGUGGCCAAGGCCAUUCGGAUCUUCGACAAUGUGAUUUCGGGCCAAUACCUGGACCCAUCCAAGCAGUGGUAUGGAGACUACCAGGGUGCGCCAGCUCAGCCAGAGCCCGGGACACUGGUGUAUCCGGACGAUGGACCAUAUACUUCAUGGGAUCCAAACAUUCGUGAUUUCGUGGGCUGUGCUUGGAUUGUAGCAUUGAACGACUAUGACCAUCUGCUGCCCGCAGCGACAGUCUCCAAAGUGGAAAAGUCCCUGCAUCUCGCGGCAAAGGGGGACUUAUACCGCGUCGGAGGGGUUGACGGCGACAACUCGUAUCCUUGCUACUCCAAUCCCUGGUUGAUGCGAACCAUCCUUCAGAACUGGGUCGGCGCUCGAGUUGGGGAUGCGAACUUGACAAAGUCCGGCGAGAACUUUGCCCAAGAGAUAUAUGAUCUCUGGAGCAUGCAUCAUACUCUUUCUGAGUUUAACUCUCCAACGUAUGCCGGCGUCGCCAUGUGGGCGCUCGCGCUGUGGAACAAAUACGGCACCAACGACAGCCUGCUGAAGAAGUAUGGCCCCGACAUGCUCAAAUAUAGCUGGAAAGAGCUUGGCGAGCUUUACAAUGCCAACCUCAAGAACCUGGCUGGUCCGUGGGAUCGUAGCUAUGGGUACAAUAUGAAUGAGUAUGCCUCUCUCAUCGGCGCAGUCAUUUGGGGGACAAUUGGGCGCGACCAAGCUCCUGUCCCUAAAAACAUACUGUCGAUGUAUCAUCAAGACGAUUUUGCUUUCUAUCCUCUUUUUGCCCUUGCGAUGCCGGAGAUGGUGAAGUAUUUGCCAGCAAAGGUCAAGACAAACCUGCUCGAAUUCCCCGGCGAGCACAUGUAUACUUCACAAGCUUACUCGCCACCCUUCGACCAAUAUCCACGAAACAUCACCACAUGGAUGUCCCAGAACGUGACCAUUGGCGCAGAGACCGUGGCCGAGCAGGUUGUUGGAGGACCAGCGAUCAAUCCCAGCCAAUUCACGCCUGCGGUCAUCCAGUGGGCAAUUGACGAUUACCAGAUCGGUUGUAUCUCUCACUGGGUAACAGAGUCUUCAAUCCAUGCCGUGGCAGCCCCUGGCAGUCUCAAAGUCUCCUACCCAAAUGCAACAUCUGCCAAUGGACCUGUUUCUUUCAACUUCCUCUUCAGCGGCCUCAAUGUUCCCAAUGGGUUCAACGUCACUGGACUAGAAGGUGUUCCGGGGCUGAAUAUCAAGUUGACGACAAAUGCCAUGCCAAACUAUACCAUGACCUAUAACACCGAUCAUUCUGUCAACGAGUUUAGCUUUUACAACAUCACAUAUACGAUGCCCGAAAGCUUUACUGCUGUCCCAUUUGUGUCUCUUCAAAUCUCCGAGUGA